GCAUGCGGGGCUCACUCGGCUGCAGCCGGCGCCUCUCGCAGCCACUCCCAGGAGCAUGAAGGACCGAACCCAGGAGCUCCGCACGGCCAAGGACAGCGAUGAUGACGACGAUGUCACUGUCACCGUGGACAGGGACCGCUUUAUGGAUGAGUUCUUCGAGCAGGUGGAAGAGAUCCGGGGCUUCAUCGACUCCAUCUCGGAGAAUGUGGAGGAGGUGAAGCGGAAGCACAGCGCCAUCCUGGCUUCCCCCAACCCAGAUGAGAAGACAAAGGAGGAGCUGGAGGAGCUGAUGGCCGACAUAAAGAAAACUGCAAACAAAGUUCGCUCCAAGUUAAAGAGCAUAGAGCAGAGCAUUGAGCAGGAGGAAGGUUUGAACCGCUCAUCUGCCGACCUGAGGAUCCGCAAGACACAGCACUCCACGCUGUCCCGGAAGUUUGUGGAGGUCAUGUCCGAGUACAACGCCACACAGUCCGACUACCGAGAGCGCUGCAAGGGCCGCAUCCAGAGGCAGCUGGAAAUCACUGGCAGGACCACGACCAGUGAGGAGCUGGAGGAUAUGUUGGAGAGUGGGAACCCAGCCAUCUUUGCCUCUGGGAUCAUCAUGGACUCCAGCAUCUCGAAGCAGGCCCUGAGCGAGAUUGAGACACGGCACAGUGAGAUCAUCAAGCUGGAGACGAGCAUUCGAGAGCUGCAUGACAUGUUCAUGGACAUGGCCAUGCUGGUGGAAAGCCAGGGGGAGAUGAUUGAUAGGAUUGAGUACAAUGUGGAGCACUCGGUGGACUACGUGGAGCGGGCCGUGUCAGACACCAAGAAGGCCGUCAAGUACCAGAGCAAGGCUCGCCGGAAGAAGAUCAUGAUCAUCAUCUGCUGCGUGGUCCUGGGCAUAGUCAUCGCUUCCACCUUCGGCGGCAUCUUUGGAUAGGCCCUGCCACCUGCCAAUCAUCUGAUGGUCCGCCAUGAAGCGGGUCUGGCUGCUGCCACCGCCCCUGCCCGCCCGCCCGCCCGCCCUGCCCCUGGGCCCUGCCCAAGCCGUCGUGUGCAUGAUCUUUGUGACUGUGUGUAUGUCUGUACAGAAGAGGCAAGGGGGGACAGCAAAGGACAGCUCGGAGGGCCCCUUUCCCAGGCGGGGCCACCCCAGGUCACAGGCCUCACAUGGGGGUCAGCCUGCUGCUCCCUGCCUCCUCCUGACCCGCCCUGUCUGCCUGUCCUCUCCAGCUGUCCCCCUAAGCUGAGCCCCCCGAGGGGUGGGGACCAGCUGGCCACAUGGUGCUGCUUUUCAGGUUGGGGGCAGGGGUGGCCCUGAGUCAGCCCAGCACAGCCUCUAUCAGCCCAGCACUGCCAGGGAGGCUCCUCCCCUGCCGAUGGCAGAGCCUGCUUGUCUGGGCUGCCUGCACCCCCCCUUCCCACAUUCCUGCAGCCCAGUGGGUCCCAGGUAGCCUGGAGGAAACUGGUGACUGCCAGCACCCCCAAGAAGCUAGGUGGUGGAGCCCAGGGGGAGCCACUAGCAGCCCGGGCCCACACACCUCCCAGGCAAGCCCAUCGGGCCCUUAAGCCAUUGUGUUGCAUGUUCAGGACGGUUGUGCUGGGGACACCGUCACUGUGGCCUGCGACCUUGUUCUGCCCCUGCUGUCCCCCAUCCAAUGUGCCACGUGGAUGUCAGGUGUCUGGGAUGCAGUAUUCGGCAGCCAUCAUCUUGGGGCUCCCGCACCAGUGUGCCCCGCUGUCCGGCAGGGAGCAUGCAUGCGGGUGCAUGCAGAGGGGCCGCGGGGCCCCACCUUCCCCCCCUGCUUUGCUCCUGCCAGUGACUGUGACCUCUGUCCGUGCUGCCUUCUUGAAAGCGACUUCUCUCCCUCCCCCACCCCUCACCAAAGGUCUCGGGACAACCAGCUGCCCAUUUUGUGACAUUUUUAUGUAGAAUAAACAUUUGUAUCUGUACCUGGC